GACGAGCAAGGGGCAAUAUAGUAAACGUACCCUAGUUUCUGCAGUAUUCAGAACCGGGGUUAUUGGGGGGUUUUUCUAGCUUCUUGUCUUGCUACUAGAGACAUCAAGCAAAAAGGAAGCAGAAUAAUGGUGAGGUUAACGGCUGACCUGAUUUGGAAGAGUCCUCACUUCUUCAAUGCCAUUCGCGAACGCGAGUUAGAUCUUCGAGGUAAUAAGAUUCCUGUUAUUGAGAACUUGGGUGCUACUGAGGAUCAAUUUGACACGAUUGAUUUAUCUGAUAAUGAGAUUGUUAAACUCGAGAAUUUCCCCUAUCUGAAUCGACUUGGAACCUUACUAAUGAACAACAAUAGAAUUACACGUAUCAACCCCAACAUUGGAGAGUUUCUGCCAAAAAUGCAUACUUUGAUUCUUACUAGCAACAGACUUACCAAUUUGGUUGAAAUUGACCCGCUUGCGUCUCUCCCCAAGCUCAAGUUUCUUAGUUUGCUUGAUAACAAUAUCACAAAGAGACCAAAUUAUCGCCUUUAUGUCAUUCACAAAUUGAAGUCCUUGCGUUUGCUGGAUUUCAGGAAAGUCAAACAAAAGGAGAGAUUGGAAGCAAGUAGUUUAUUUGCGUCACAAGAAGCUGAAGAGCAGGUCAAAAAGGAAUCAGUGAAGCCUUCUGUACCUGUUGAGGCGCCUGCCGAGGAACCAAAGGAAGAUCAAGCACCUAAGCCAGUUGCUCCUACACCCGAGCAAAUUAUAGCGAUUAAGGCUGCCAUUGUGAAUUCCCAAACUCUUGAGGAGGUGGCUAGACUUGAACAGGCAUUGAAGUCGGGCCAGCUUCCUGCAGAUUUAAAUAUCGGUGAUUACGAUGUUGCUGCUAAAACAGAAGACUCCAAAGAAGACGUGAUGGUAACAGAUGGUGAUGAUAAAGCUAACAAGGCGGAGGAAAAUGUACCUGAACAGAAAACCGAUGGUUCUACAGAUAUGGAGCAGGAGUAGACACUCAGGGCUAUCAUGUGUAAUUGAGUUGGAGCAUUCCGAUGUCAGUAUCUUUCAGCCAUGCACGGUAUAUCUGUGUAUGAGGAGCUCUUCUUUUUUAACAGAGGGGAAUUAAGUUAAUCCAUGUAACUGAAGCCAUUGUAUUCUGCUGUUUACUGAGAUUUUCUUGCAUUUUGAUUUUAAAAGACUAUAAAUAGCUGCCAAGUUUAUCAAAUCUUAGCUUGGAAGCAUCAGGUGACGAGCUGAAUUUAUGGGUCAAAA